AUGCCGCUUGUGAUCCUCACCGGAUACCCCUGCUCCGGUCUCACAUACCGGGCAAAGCAGCUCGCGUCCCUUAUUGAGAAAGCGCAAGAUGAGAUCUUCGCGUCCUCCGAGUCCUCGUCGCCCGUCACACUGAAGUCUCGGUACAAAGUACACGUUGUUCCUUCGCACGAUGGAUCGCAUCCUCGUACUGUGUACGACCAUGCUCGGACGGAGAAGGAGGCGCGUGGUGUCGCAUAUGCGCGCGCGAAGCGGGCGUUGACGCGGGAUAGUAUCGUUCUCCUCGAUGGCAUGAAUUACAUCAAGGGGUGGAGAUACCAGCUCUGGUGCGAGACCAAAGCUGCAGGAACCACAUGCUGUGUGGUUCAUGUCGGAACACCGAUCGAUCAAUGCGUCGCGAACAAUGAUGCUCGAUUGAAGCGGCAAGCUCAGACAGGCGACCCGGAGUCGCCUGAGACCGCAUCAUCUGCACCCGGCGAGGUCCAGUUCACUGACGACGAAGAGCCAUACCCGUCGGAUUUGCUCAAUAAUCUCAUCUUCCGUUACGAAGAACCCAGCACCCACAGCCGCUGGGACAAACCCCUGUUCACAGUCCCAUGGGAGGACAAGGAGCCGCCAGUCGCAGAUAUCUUCCAAGCUCUUACCGGAGUCCUACCAUCUGCAGAGACUUCUACAGAUACUCCUGUAUCCGGCCUCACCGAAUCGCUCGCAUCAUCCACUCUUUCCGAAGCCGCCAGCACAACCACCACAGGCAGAGCCUUUGGCCGCGGGCAAUCACUACGGCCCAAAAUUAUCCCCCACCAAGCCACCGUUCAAGCCGUCGCAACAGACUCGGGCGCUCUGUACGCUAUGGAAAAGCGCACGUCGGCUAUCGUCACAGCAGUCCGCACUUUCACGCAAUCCAGUUCCUCCGCUGAAGAAGCUCUGGCACAGAGUAUCGACUCUAGAGGUAUCGCCAUUGAUGUGCCGGGUGCAUCCAUCCCGAUCCUUGUUCCCGCUCAUCUUGCUACUACCGGUACAACCGAUGAACUGGCCGGUGCCGGCGGCAUCCUGGCUCUGCCGAAGCUGCAAAGACUACGAAGGCAGUGGAUCACCCUAAACCGGCAGUACAUUGGCCAUGGCCAUGGAGCGGGAACUGGUGGGUUAUCGGAUGAUCAGAUUCCGGAUGCGUUUGUACGGUUUUUGAACUCGAACAUCAGUGGUGAGGAUGCAGAUGCGUAG